CAGCAAGCUGGACUGACAUGUCUGCCUUCAAUGCUGUCUUCCCCACCAUCGGAGGCAUUGGACACGCCACCUCCUUGUGGCUGCUCAAGAAGUUGCUGACUGUCCGUCGGGAUGAUCCUGCUCCCGAGCCGUGGUACAACUACCCCAUGUGGUGGUUCAUUGUGGGUCUGUUUGGUCUCUCGGAGUUGUGCGUGGAUGUCGGUGGAAGGGACAUCAAUGGGUCGUCGCUCUACCAGAUCGCAUCGCUGGCAACAGGCCUCGCGUACUCGUUCUUUGCGCUGAAGGAGACGCUGAUGCGGAAGGAUUUGGUGGCAUAUGCGCUGAUUAUUACAGGGGCGCUGCUCGCGUUGUGGGUGGUGGAUCUUGUGGAGGUCUCUGUCCUCGUCUUUGUCAUCUACGUCUUCCUCAUUGGCUUUGCCCUCUUCUUCCUCUACCUGGGUAUCUGGCACUACCGCAAGAAGCUCGGGACGUCGUCGAUGGGUGACCCGCAGAACAAGCGGAUCCGCAAGACGAUGCCGAUCUUGUACUCGGCAAUCACUGCUGUCAUUCAGGCGCUCAUUUACGUGCCGGCCAUCCUCUUUGUUGCUGCCUACGACCAUGUCGGCUUUGUGAUCUUUGUCUUUGUUGUUGCGUUCCUUGCCGCCACCGGUGCCGAGCUCUAUUGGAUGACCAAGGCGCUCAUGGACUUUGACUACAUCUACAUUCUGGCCAUGUUCCACGUCACCCUCCGCAUCCUUGACUUUAUCAUCACUGGCCUGUUCGGUGGCUUCUCCGGAAAGUCAGUCCUGCUCUACGUGGCGCUCCCGCUCUGCGGCAUCAUGUUUGAGCUCAUUGGCGCGUACGUGCUCUCGCUCCGCGAGAAUUACACUCACUACUCGGUUCUGGGAAUGGAUGAUCCGGAGGGUGGGGCGGUGAACCCCAACUUUGCAGCGCCGCCGGCCGCUGCCCGCACCACCUCGCGCUACGUCUCCGACUCGGGCUCGACCGACGACGCUGGUGACCUCCGCCCAACCACUCUUCCCGACUCGGACGUCUACUCGGACGAGGCCGGGUUCGAGGCCGACGCCCCCGGCCGCUCCUCAGGCUCGGAUCUGGACGACGGCCCGGCCACUGUUCCCGUCAAUAGGGCAUGAGAGCAGGACAUGAGAACAAACGUUGCCGAUCGGGCCAACAUCCCUUAACCGUGUUGCCUCAUCAUACCACCCCUCGGUCAUUGGUAGAUCUUGUACCAG